AUGGAAAACAAAGAAGCCUUGCGUACGACAAAAGAGCAAAUUGAAUGCUACUUAGCAUUUCUAGAGCUUCACCCUCAAAUGAAGCUCCACAAGAACGAUCCCACGAGACCCAAAAGGUUAGAUGAGCUGUGGAUCGAACUUGCUCAACAACUAAACGCUCUAAAGGGUCCAUCACGUUCGCCUACCAAAUGGAAGGAGUGCCUAAACCACUGGAAAAACCAGAUUCGCUCAAGGGCAAGAAAGGCGAAAGUAAGUAGGAUAUUGACGGGCGGAGGACCAAUGCAGGAAAUCCAAUCCUCCGAGUUGGAAGAGCGGGCGAUGGAAGCACUAGGGAGGACCGUGAUUGAUGGACUGCCUGAUGUCCCAACUAUUGGUGUAGAGGUAUGA